GCGGCGCAGAGCUACGGGUGCCUGGUGGAGCGAGGGACAGGGAUGUGUCUCCUCCUGGGAGCCACGGGCGUCGGGAAGACGCUGCUGGUGAAACGACUGCAGAAGCUGAGCUCGCCGGAUGGGGCGGGCGACCUGGGGGAGCCACCCCCGACGCGGCCCACGGUGGGCACCAAUCUUACUGACAUCAUGGCUCAGAGAAAAAUCACCAUCCGAGAGCUGGGGGGCUGCAUGGGCCCCAUCUGGUCCAGUUAUUACGGAAACUGCCAUUCUCUCCUGUUCAUGAUGGAUGCCUCUAACCCCACCCAGCUCUCUGUGUCCUGUGUGCAGCUCUUGGGUCUCCUUUCUGCAGAACAACUUGCAGAAGCAUCAGUCUUGAUACUCUUCAAUAAAAUUGACCUACCUUGCUACAUGACCAUGGAGGAGAUUAAGUCAUUAAUCCGGCUCCCAGACAUCAUUGCCUGUGCCAAGCAGAAUAUCACCAUGGCAGAAAUCAGCGCCUGGAAAGGCACUGGCUUGGCAGCGGUGCUACGCUGGCUCCAGGACACCCAUAGAACCAACAGUUGACUGACUACAAGGCAGAGAAACGUGGCUGUCCUGCACUGUGGAGAAGCGGCAGAGGGUGGCAUUGCGUGGCCUCCUGUGGUUUGUCCUUUAAAGGGCAGAAUGACCCAACAUAACCCUAGAUGAUAAGGCUUUGUGUUGAGCUGCAGUGGUGGGUAAAUUGAAGCACCCAGGAUAUGGAAGUUCCUGACAUCUGGCCUCUGAGUGAAAAGACUGGCUGGGAGGAGAGGAUGGGCCUGCAGGUGGCUGAGUGUCCUGCCAUCCCAGAGUGGUGCUCCUGGGGUUUGUUUCCCUCCUGCCAGGAGACCCAUGGGACUUUGCCUAAGGUGUGGGACUGCAUGGCACCAGUGGUGCCUGGUCUCUGGCCUGUAGUACAUGCUCCAACAUGUUUGAGCUCCCAGUACCCUGGCCAUGUGUUCCCCACAGAUGUGAGGUGGAUGAGGUGAGUGUGAUAGUAAGAAACAAGCCUUGGGUUAGAAACAAGACGCAGCGUUUUCACCAGUUCACACGUUCAGUAAACACUUACUGCGCUCAGCCACCCACAGGGUGCAUGGGCUCCCACGGGUAUGGGCCCAGAGGCUCAGGAGCAGCACGGGAGGUGGUGGCUGUGGUUCCUGUGUCCUGCCUGAGCUUCCCUUCUCAGCCGUGGCUGCAAGAGGGCACUCACUGUGUUGACUGAUGCACUGGUGUCCUGUGGCUGCCAGAACAAAUGACCACAAACUGGAUGGCUUAAAACAACAGGUUCCUCUCACAGUUCUAGAAGCCAGAAGUCCGAAGUUAAGGUGUUCAACAGGAUGGGUGUUCCUUCAGAGGCUCUGAGGGAGAGUCCACUCCUUGGCUGUCUCUAGUGGCUUAGUGGCUUCUGGUGGCUGUGAAAAUUCUUAGCAUUCCUGGGCUGUGCCUUGGAGAACUUCAGUUCCCACCUGCACCUUCACAUGAUCUCUCCUGUGUCCCUCUGUGUCCUCUCUCCCUGCAAGGACAUCUGUCAUUGGAAAUCAGGAUGAUUCGUAAUUAUAUCUGCAAAUACCCUUUUUCCCAAA